AGCGCGCGUUCGCUUAGUUCACUUAGUUCAGUCGAGAAGCGUUUGCGUGUCAGUAGACAUCGUACUUGUUGCAAUCUUUGUUAAUAAUCGCCAUUCUGUCGAUAUCAUAGCAUGUGCCCACCAGUUCACAGUCACGUAUACGUUUACCUGCCGCAUCACCAGCCCCACAAUAAACUCGUCUCUUACGGCUACCGUUAGGGUUGCCGUGACAUCAUAUCUAGUUGUGUCCUUUCCUCUUAGAAAAAACCGGUAACGCCAUUGUAAGGUCUGCAAGUUUUCCUUUCGUCUUCUCGUUGAAGAAUGUAUAUUCAGCUGUAACUUAAACGAAGAAUCUCUAUUGGUGUGCAGUGAUAGUAUGAUUUUUUUUUGGAUAUUUUAGUGAAUUCGGAAUCGUGGUUGUAUUAGGUGGGUGAGUUCGCACGUGGUAAAUGGCAGUGUGCACAAGCAUUACAACCUCAAGCCAUAUAUUUUCCGUCCAUACUGGUGCUAUUUGAUCGAACGUAAACGACAAAGAUCGAGAAAAAGAAGGAGAAAUAAUACGAAAAAACAACACGCGCGAAAAAGAAGCAAUCGAGUGAACGGAACAGAAAGAUCGGGGACAAGAUACGAAAUUGCGAGAGCAGCCGAAGUCUGUGUAACGAAGAAGGAAAAACCGAGAAAGAAGAUAGACAAAGACAGCAAUAGAAAUCUCAUUUCGACGAGUAACUAGCCACAAGCAAGAUGAGCUGCUGCACGAGUGCUCCGAUUGUAACCCAAACCUGUGAGACUCUUCUGAGCAAGUGUGAAAUCCCGAUCAUCGACCUCGCUCAUAUGGUUUCAGAGGGUGACGCUUUUACGGUUGCUUGGCAACGAGGCCAGGCAACUGGCCAGACAGACAAGCAAACCAACAGAAACAGCUUGGCUGUUCACAGUCAGAGGCACCUACCUCGGGCCCAACGAUCCGUUGAGGUCAGAGCCCGUCUCACAAAGAAGGGCCCCUCCCUUGGCGCCCUCCUCGAUUCAUAUAGGGUGUUCUGGACUGAGAGAUGUCCUCAGAAGGGUGUCGUGAAACAAGUGUCUUCGAAACUGGUAAGGGCGCUGUCCGAGAAAGGAUUAGCCUUGCUUGUCAACCAUGGUAUUCCAGAAUGCAAGAUGAAGGCAGCGUAUAGAGCUUUCGAUGCAUUCUGUGAACUUUCAGAAGAUGUUCGAACUAAAUAUGAGCGUAAUCCUAUGGGCAAUUACGGAUACGUGAAGCCAGGACCGUCAAAAUAUACUGAUGAAAAAGAAGCUCGACAUGUUUUCAAUGUGAUUGGAUGCGGAGGAACUCUUCCGGAUGAAGAAGUGCCUGGUUUCAGAUUAGCAGUCAACGAACUCGCUCGAGAUUUUAAACAACUGUCUGCUAUGCUUUUAACUGCUCUGGCCGUGGGCCUAGAGCAAUCCCCCGAUUUCCUGCUCUCGAAGCAUUCGCGCAUGCUGGAAUCUGGAAACGAAUCAACUCUUCGUCUUCUUUACUACCCUCCUCUUGGUGCACCGGCACCAGGAUUGGCUCGUUGUGGCGCUCAUUGUGAUUAUGGAACUUUCACUUUAUUAGCACAGGAUUGCGAAGGUGGUCUAGAAAUACAGUCUCCAUAUGGAGAACGAUGGGGAAGAGUUGGUCAUCUUCCAGGCGCUAUUUUGGUGAAAACUGGCGAUAUAUUAGCAAAUUGGACAAACAAUCAAUUACAAGCAUUAAGACACAGAGUUGUUGUACCAGAACACUGUGGUCGAGGUCGUCAUUCCAUUGCAUUUUUUGUGCAUCCAGAUACUAACACUCCUAUUGAGCCUUUAGAUACAAAAAUUAUAAAAACUAAUCAAGAACCAGCUCCGUGUCGUUUACAGAAAAAAAAACGCGGUGUUUUGACUGCAUACCAUCAUAUUCAACGUCGUCUUCGAGAAACUUAUGCUUCUUAACACUGUUCAUAAUUAUAUAUUCUUAUUUCUAGAUAAGAUAUUUUAGAAAAAUUACUAUUGAAAUUUGUAUCGAAAUUUAAAAUUUUGAAAUAUUUAAAAUAACAUGAUUUUAUGUAUUUAAAACAUUAUAAAACAUUAUAACUUUUAAAAUUAAUUUACGAAUAAUUGACUACAAAUAAUGUGACAACUCAUAAUAAAAUUUGCCUAUAUCUGUUUCAAAAAAAGAACAAAAAUUUGAUUCAAAAAAUGAUGAAGUAUGAAAACUAAAAUAUCGCAUCACAAAACAAUAAUAAAGAAAUUUGUACUUACAUUUUGUAAAAAUGCAUUUUAUACAAAUAAUUUAAUUUCUCAUUAAUAAAGUAGAAGACAAUCUAA